AUGAAACGUCCAGCCAGUGUAAGCUCCAUGCGGCGCCCGUCCGCAUCGUCCGGUUCCUCUCAUUCUACGUCUUCCAUGAAGGAUGUCACGAAUAUCAAGGAGUACAUCUACCCGGGGGACGACUGCCCCGUGUGUGGCAUGAGGCUGUACACCAGAAAGGACAAAGCAGUUUGUGCGGUUCUUUUGGGAGGUGAGACCAUAACCGAUGUGAAAACAUAUCCCAAGGUCUGCAAUCGCUGUAGAAACACCACGCGCUACAACCUCGUGACCGUCGGUAAGGAGACACUGAACUGCAUGUCACUGGAUGAAAUGAAACAGUGUGGGGCACUGUUCAUCACUUCCAAGACCGCCUUCAGCUUCUCGUACCUGGAGAUGACAUACAUUCGCCUCCUUCGUGGUAAGCUUGCACCUGGGCAGGAAAGCUCUAUCCUACACAUCUACCACUCUGAGGAUACCAGGAUGCCUACAUCCCGACGACUUCGUGAGUUCUUGCUGCACGCUCUAGAAGCCUACGCCGUUGCCAAACGUACUCCGUCGGUUGCGGUUCAGUUCAACAUGAGCUAUCCAGCGAGCGCAGUUACCAAGGUUGGAAAGGUCAUCACGUUGCCAUGCCCAGAUGCAGUCAAUGCUAUUUCCUUUGAUGGCCACUUUGGUAUCCAUCGCACAUUGUCCAAGUGGGACGCCCCUCGUGACACCAAGCUCAAAGGCUAUCCUCGGCAGAAGGUGUUGCGGGAAGAUGAGCGGAGCUGCUCAUGCAGAAGGAAGGACGCAAAACGUCUUGUCCUACCUCAGCGGACGGCGGGGUGGCACUUUGCCGUUGAUCCCGAUUCGAGGCGCAUCUUGGGGGCGGUGGAGCACAUACAGAACGAGUGCAACAAGGAUAAGGUUCGUCUCCUCAAGACUGUGAUGCAUAUGCCGGGCAUCCACGCGGAUCUUCUGAUCCAUGAUGACAUCUGCCACUUCCAGCCCUUUGUCACGAAGCACCACGCUGAGGCAUUCGCCGGGAUUAAGUUUUGGGUGAUUGAUGCAUUUCAUUGUCCCAACCACACGUGUGAUAAAUGCGUCUGGUCCACCGCGGAAAAGCGCCGGUGUAAGAGCGUUAGAACGAACGUCUCAGAGAGUGUGAACGCCUGGGUGAGAAGCCUCAAUUUUUUCUUGAAUAGCCUGAGACCACUCUCGCACAUCUUCUGGAUGGAGGAGAUGGGCACAUUCUAUAACUCCAACUUGCAGUCCGUGCCAGUACGGAUUAAUAAGAGGACGAAUGUGCUGGGGCGUGCGAAGCGUGUCCUCAAGAAGCCGGCCGCUCGUAAGGUCUUGAAAAGACCGUCGAUCUUGAAGAGAUCGUAA